AUGAGUAUUGAAAUUUAUGGGCAUUUGACGCACCGGAAUGAGUCCGAAAUUCAUUUAGCGACCGGCCCCAGCUUGGAUAUUGACUACAUCAAGCGUCAAUCACAGGAACAUGAAGCAGCCGGUUUUGACGGAGUACUGAUUGGUGUUGGCAGUGACGGGCCAGACAGCCUGCAAAUUGCAGCGCUGGCCGCAGGUGUGACCACCUCGCUGCGUUUGCUGGUGGCGAAUCGCCCUGGACUAAUUAAUCCAACCUGGGCGGCACGUAGUUACGCCACCCUGGAUCGUAUUGCCAAUGGACGCAUCGGUUUCCACGUUAUUACCGGCAGAGAGAGUGACGGCACGCGUAAAAAUGGCGAUCUGCUGACUAAAAAUGAACGCUACGCGCGCACCAAAGAGUUUAUUCAGAUUCUGAAAAGUGCCUGGACGCAGCAUAUUCCCUUUGAUUUUUCCGGUCAGCACUAUGCGAUUGAAGGUUUUGCCGCAUCAGUAUUUCCGCUGCAAACCCCACGCAUUCCCGUCUAUUUCGCGGGAAAUUCCGAUUUGGCUUUUGAUGUUGGCGCGGCAGAAGCCGAUCGCUACGCGUUGUAUGCGCAACCGCUGGAGUUUCUCAAGCAAGAUAUCGAACGAAUCAAUCAAGCGGCUAUUCGCGCUGGUCGUGAAGAUCGCCCAGGCAUCAUUAUUUUG